CCUCCCAAAGCAUUGGACACCACUCCGGCAGACAACAGCAGCUCGUACUGUUCGCCCGACGACACCUGCACAGUCGAACUCCACGGCCUUCUCCCCUUUUCGGAGGAGACCCACCCCAUGGCGGCGCUGGAGGUGGCGGAGCUGAUACGGCAGAACGAGGAGCUGGAGAGGGCGGCGAGGGAGGGGAGGGAGCGGGAGGAGGCGCUGCGGGGCGAGCUGGAGCGCACCCGGGAGCGGCUGCGGGCGGUCGAGGAAGCCGAGGAGCGUCUCUGCGUUGAGCUGGGGGAGCUCGAGGCCGAGGCGGUGGCGCAGGCCCGGGAGGACCUCCUCCGCAUCGAGACUCUCUCCCGCCAGCUCUCCGCCGCCCGUGCCCUCCUCGCCUCUGCCGGCCUCCGCCUCGAUCUCCCGGCGUCCAAUUGAUACAUCCGUCCCUGCUUGAUCUCUCUGUAUUCUGUAUGAUUACGUGAAGCUUUCUAUGAUUCCGAUGCAAAUAGCGUAACUGAUUGCACCUAAGACUCUAUUCUUCCUUCCUUCGGUUAUUCUCGAGCUUUAUCCGUCUAUAAAACAAAGGAGAGAAGUUAGCGCUAUUGGCACUCAAGCCCUUUGACACUCGUUAAUGGUGAACUUGAGGAAUAGCUUAUCAGUUGUUUUUUAUGCUGGCAAUAAAAUGUAUAAAGUUUGUCUGUUGAA